GAUGAAGGACGGCUUUUUCUAGAGUAUCAAAACAGGCGGACCUAUCGUCCGCGGAUUGGAAAUAAACAUAGUUUGGUUAUAAUUGUGGGGAAUCGGCCCUAUAUUUAGUUCUUUAGUGCUACAUGAAACAGGCCAGUUAAGUGUUCCCCCAUAAAAUGAAUAAAGAAUGCGGAAAAUCUGAAGCACCAUUCAAGAAGAAGAGUGUCUGAGCAAAGGGUUGAAAUUUUAAACAACUAUGGACAGAAACUUGUUGGUAUGCUGCAUUUAACAAGUUCCAAGAAUUUGGUCAUCUUAUGCCAUGGAUUUCGCUCCACAAAGGAUGAGAAACUGUUACUUAACCUCAUUGCUGCAUUAACGAGAGAAGGUGUGAGCUCCUUUCACUUCGAUUUUGCUGGAAAUGGGGAAAGUGAAGGUGAAUUUCAAUAUGGAAACUAUCGCAAGGAAGCUGAAGACUUACGAGCUGUGGUGCUAUAUUUCUUAGAGCAAACUUUUAAUAUUUGUGCUAUUAUUGGGCAUAGUAAAGGUGGAAAUGUGGUGCUUCUUUAUGCUUCUACGCAUAAUGACGUCCCUCUCAUCAUUAAUCUUUCUGGCCGUUUUGCAUUGGAAAGAGGCAUUGAAGGACGCCUGGGGAAAGCAUUCAUGCAAAGAAUAAAGAAAGAUGGCUUUAUUGAUGUCAAGGAUAAAACAGGAAAAUUUGAAUACCGGGUGACAGAAGAAAGCUUGAUGGAUCGUCUAACCACAGACAUGCGUGCAGCAUGCCAUGCCAUUGAUAAGAAAUGCAGGGUUAUGACAAUCCAUGGAUCAGCAGAUGAAAUUGUACCCUCAGAAGAUGCCUUUGAGUUCGACAAAGUCAUACCCAACCACAAGCUUCAUAUCAUUGAAGGUGCUGACCAUUGCUAUACUGCAUGGCAAGCAGAGCUGGCUUCUCUUGUUCUAGACUUCAUAAAAUCUGAUCAGGUACUCCCAUUCAGAAUUCCGAGGAAAACUGCAUCCUCAAGAAUAUGAGUGAUAACUCUAAAAUCUCUUUACUUGUCAAAAUAGCUGGCCUCUCAUCAUAAUAUUUCUCCUUGUAAUAUUUUCAUUUUCUUAUGUCUUAUUGCCAUAAAAAUGAGCGAAUGUAAUGCAUGUGAAAUGGAUUGCAGCUACAUCUAUCUUUGUUAAGAAUUUAUUGAGGCAUACCUUGUUAUAAUGCC